UUCUAAAUUUUUUGCCCAAUGUUUUAAGAGAUCAUUCCACACGACGUGUUAGUACUCGGAUUGUUAUCUCUUUUUCUUUAAAGGAGGAGGAUGAAUAACACCUGCAACAACUAUCCUCAUCUCCUUAACAUGAAAAUCAUUCUCGUCCCUUCCUACCUCUCCCUCAUAGUACUACUCCUUGUAUUUACCCUUCGGAUCACAGUUGUGCAGCCGCUUCCAUACCCCGUCGAGGAGAACAUAACCAUUGAUUGUGGCUCCGAAGGGAAAACAACGUCACACGCUAUGCGGAGCUGGGACGGAGACAGGCAAGGUUCAAAAUUUCUUCACUUAUCAGAAGGCCACGAAAACGCAUCAAUCUCUGUACGAGCUGUCGAGAGGCCAGAUGACCCUGUUCCUUACGAAACGGCACGGCUCUCUCGCUCAGAAAUCAGAUACACCAUUCCCCUAAUUCCUGGACCAAAGUUCAUCCGGUUGUACUUCUUCGCAUCUACAUACGAAAAUAAUUACAACCGCUCCAAGGCCUUAUUCUCCGUCAAAGCUGGUCGAUACACCCUACUGAGAAACUUUAGCACUUCGCUUACUGCGGAGGUUGUAUCGAUGCCUGCAGAUCUCUACUACUCAGAAUCUAACGUUAAUAGUGGCAUCGACUUUGUGGGACAGACCGGAUCAUACCGCUUGAGUAACACCGCUCUGGAGACUCUCUAUCGAGUAAAUGUUGGUGGAAAAGAUCUCUCUCCAGCCGAAGACACCGGUUUCUUCCGUAAAUGGGAUGGCAUGUCAACUGCAGAUCUCUCAUACAUGAUUAAUCCUGGUGAAAGUGCUCUAUUAACGAACAGCUCCAUUAAUAUUGCAGAAUAUAUUGCACCCGCAGCUGUUUAUACAACCGCCCGCAGUAUGGGGCCUUCAGAUAUCAAACACAAUCUCACCUGGGAAUUCCCCGUAGAUUCUGAAUUUAGCUACAUGGUACGGCUACACUUUUGUGAGAUUCAACUGGAGAUUAACAAAACAGGUGAUCAGGUUUUCUCAAUUCUCAUAGCAGAGCAAACGGCGGAUGCUCAAGCCGACGUGAUCAAGUGGAGUGGUGCUAAGUACACUCCAUGUUUUCGGGACUUCGUCGUCAAAAUGAUUCGCAAACCAGGACAGAAGAACCUAACUCUUCGCCUCGAUCUGCAAGCAAUCUUCGAUCAUAGCAUAAGUACCUAUCCCAGUGCAAUCUUGAAUGGUAUUGAGAUCUUCAAAUUGAGUGACAACAAUGCCAAUCUUGCUGGUCCAAAUCCUGACCCAAUCCUGCAAUCCCCAUCCGCAAGCCAACAACAGAUGGAACCUGAAAAGAAUCGAACAUCAAUCAUCGCCAUCAUCUGCGGUACUGUAAUUUCCGGUGUAAUUCUACUUGUUGUUCUCGGAUUCUUUAUUCUCCGAAGAGCAAGAAAAGUCAAAGAUUCAACCUCUAAUGAUGGAACUACUUGGUGGGGUCCUCUUUCGUUUACCACGAUCAAGUCAAGCAAGACUCGAGGCUCAUCAUCUUUGCCAUCCGAUUUAUGCCGUUACUUUUCAUUGGCUGAGAUUAAAGCCGCCACUAACAACUUCGAAGAUAUUUUCAUAAUCGGAGUGGGUGGGUUUGGAAACGUGUAUAAAGGGUACAUCGAUAAUGGGACCAAUCCCGUCGCCAUCAAACGACUAAAGUCCGAGUCAUCCCAAGGGGCCCAUGAGUUCAAGACCGAGAUCGAGAUGCUCUCUCAUCUCCGUCACCGCCAUCUCGUCUCUCUAAUCGGCUACUGCAACGAGGACCGUGAGAUGAUCCUCGUCUACGACUACAUGGCACGUGGCACUCUCCGAUGCCAUCUCUACAACACCGAAAACCCACCACUGACGUGGAAACAACGCCUCGAGAUUUGCAUCGGAGCCGCGCGCGGGCUGCACUAUCUCCACACAGGCGCGAAGUACACGAUCAUUCACCGCGACGUGAAGACAACAAACAUUUUACUGGAUGAGAAAUGGGUAGCCAAGGUCUCCGAUUUUGGGCUUUCGAAAAUGGGACCCACUACCAUGUCUAAAGCCCACGUCAGCACAGUCGUCAAGGGCAGUAUCGGGUAUUUAGACCCAGAGUACUACAGACGUCAGCAACUGUCAGAAAAAUCCGACGUGUACUCAUUCGGCGUCGUUUUGUGCGAGGUUCUUUGCGGUAGGCCACCGAUAAUGCGCAACGCCGAGAAGAGACAAGUAAGCCUAGCCGAGUGGGCCCAACACUGUUACCGCAACGGGACACUUCAUCAGAUCAUAGAUCGUAAUCUGACGAGCAAGAUUGUGCCAGAGUGCUUGAAGAAAUACAGUGAAAUCGCGGUGAACUGUAUGCAUGAUAAUGGGAUAGAGAGACCUUCAAUGAACGACGUCGUGUGGGGCCUGGAAUUUGCAAUGCAAUUACAGCAAAAUGCAGAGGACAACGAUAGGAUUGGUGGGGCAAUAAUGGAGGCUAAGGGUGAGGACGAAGUUGCUUUCAUGAAUAAUAACAACAGUGACGGAACGUUCACUUAUACCUGGGAAGAGUCAUUGGAGUUAAAAAGUAGUGUGAUGACUAAAAUUAGUAGCUCUGAGCAGGGAUCCAUUACGGUCGAGUCCAUGAAAGAAAUGUCUGGGGCUGUCUUCUCUGAGAUCAAGGAUCCAAAGGGAAGAUGAGCCAAGUAGGAUACUCAUAAGUAUAUAAGUAUUAACAUAAGUUUUCAACUUGAUCGCUUUGCACUUUAGAGCUUGGAAGAGAUCAUCAGAGGUCUACAUGAUAGAAAGUAGAUGUAUAAUUCAUGAAUAUUUACUAUGUAAUAAGUUAAGUUGUAAGAUCUUGAAAUAUACGUUGCGUAUUAUAUUAUUUGUGUUGAA